AUGCCUGCAGACUACAAUGGACGCUGGGAGAUGGUGACCAACGAGAACUUCGAGGAGGUCAUGAAGGCCCUCGACAUCGACUUCGCCACCAGGAAGAUCGCCAGCCACCUGCACCAGACCAAAGUCAUCGUCCAGAACGGAGACAAGUUUGAAACCAAGACCCUGAGCACCUUCAGAAACUACGAGGUCAACUUCACCAUCGGGCAGGAGUUCGAGGAGCACACGAAGGGCUUGGACAACCGAAAGGUCCAGACGCUGGUUACCUGGGACGGAGACAAGCUGGUGUGCGUUCAGAAGGGCGAGAAGGAAAACCGAGGCUGGAAACACUGGAUCGAGGGAGACAUGCUUCACCUGGAAAUCCACGUCCUCGACAAAGUCUGCCACCAAGUGUUCAAGAAGACCCAGUGAGACGGGAACCCACUUUAUCUGAAACCAAACGUCCUGCUGCGUGUUCUGUCUAUUUAUGAUGUAAUGGUGAAGACCUGGAAUAAAUUAAUUUAAUACAA